GGUAGAUAGAGUAAUCUUAUUCCUGGCGUGAUUAAAUUCGUUAACACCACCAUCAUUAACCUUUCUUUAUUCAAAAUCCGGUACUUAAUACAUUUGUCGUAUCGCUCAGAUCAAUCAUCCCCCAAUAUUAAGCUCCUUUUUUUUUUUUUGCUUUAACUUAUCGUCUCCUUGUAUAAGAGAAUAAAAACUACUCACUCUAUAAAUUGAAGCGUCAAGAAAUGAUCAACGCGUUUAAGACAAUCCGAUCACUUCCUUCAACCACCGUCUCUUUCUUCUCACCAUCGUCUCGAUUUGGCCGCAAAGCUACCGGAGUUAGUUUCGCCACCGCUCCCGACCAGCAAAAGAUGGAUAAAAAGCCUGAAAAUCAAAAAGACAAAAACGGUGACGUGAUGUCGCAUUCGUAUGGAGAAGGGUACGCAACGAGGUCUGAUGAAGAAGGGUUUGGAGGAACCUAUGGAGGAAAUCAAACCUUCCAAAAGGAUAAAAAGGAGAUCAAUGAGAAUCACCCUGAUUACGAUAAAACUCAAGGAAGUGAAGCGAAGGAGAAGGAGAAAUCAAGGAACCAAACAUAAUCCCACUGAUGAAGAAUAAUGAUUUAGCUUUCUUGUUUCUUUUUUGUUUAAUGCUUUAAUAAAUCAGACUUAUGCUCUGUAGACUCUGGCUAAAGUUUUUUUUUAAUGGAGUUUAGUAACUUUCGCUGCUCCAUUUUUUUUUUUGGGUUGUUAUCCUUAUCGCUUAUGUAAUACUCGUUGACUUGUUUUUAUAGUUUGGUGGUUUUUUUU